UAGGAAAACUUCUACGUACUAUAUUGGAUUAAAUGUGUUGCAGUAGUGUUUUAUUUUCCUGGUGAUGGGAGUGAUCUGCGAUCGGCGUCCCUGUGCUCCGCUAGUUCUGUCUGACGUCAUUACGUCAUCACACUCGGAGCAGUUUCACAGCAGAGAUAAAGCGAAUUAAAAAACUAAAAAUCAGUGUCGUAUGUGAAAUCAAAAUCACGGAGUGUAUCCAAACUAUUGUAAUUUAAAAAAAAGUACUGUUGUCAAACUCUAAGCGUGUUAUUUCGUUUUUUUCUAAUGUACAUUUAAUAUCUCAUAUUAUAUAUGAUAUAUAAACGUGAUAUAUAUCGUUAUAUUGAUUGUUUUAUGCUUAUUAUGCUCGAUUUUUCCUGCUGGCGGAGUGAUCGGCGAUCCGUUAGUUUGCCUGCGCCGCCCGUGCGUCAUUGCGUCAUCACACGCACAGUGUUUUUGCUUCGUCUCUUUCAAACCGCGGAGAGACUCUUGCGUUUACACCCUCGGUUUUUCCUCUCGGUUUGGACUUUCGCGCUUCAUCCGAUGCUCGAGCGUUUGUGGUGGAUCUCGAGGAGCGGCGCGAGGCUCGGUGACGCGGAACGCGGCGAAAGCGGGGAGUUUUCUGAGGCGUUUUAUUGCGCAUGUUCAUGAACCGCCCGAAUGAACGCGGAUCAAUAAAACCCCGAGAUCUGGUCAAAACACGGCGGAACCCGACAAACGGAUCCGUUCUGUGACUGGAGUCCCAGCGAGCCGAGCCAGAUCGCGCCGAUCGAUACCUCAUCGAUAUCUGAUCGAUCGCUGAGGAGAUGCGCGCGCACUGAUCGCCUCAGGGAUCGAUAGCUGAUCGAUAACACAUGCUGGAGCUCCGCUGCUGUCUGGAGGAUGCGAUGGUCACAUUAGGCAGGUGUGCUCUUCCUCCUCCUCCUCCUCCUCUGGUGUGUCGGAUCAGGUGGAUGUGAGACACACACACACACACACACACACACACAUACACACACACACACACACACACACACAUCAUGCAGGCUGCGCCCUUCCAGUAUGAUUUCUACAGUGAGGAGAACGCGCCCAAAUGGAGAGGACUGCUGGUGCCGUCACUCAACAAGGUGCUGAGUCAGGUGCACCCGAAGCUGUCGUCGCAGCAGGAGGCGCUGCAGUACAUCGAGGGCCUGAUCCUGGUGCUUCUCAACACUCUCUGUCAGGCUCAGCCGCGCACCGUUCAGGACGUGGAGGAGCGAGUGCAGAGGAGUUUCCCGCACCCCAUCGAGAAAUGGGCCAUCGCAGACGCUCAGGCCGCUAUCGAGAAGAGGAAGAGGAGGAACCCGCUAGCGCUGCCCGUCGACAAGAUCCACCCGCUGCUCAAGGAGGUUCUGGGUUAUAAGAUCGAUCAUCAGGUGUCGGUGUACAUCGUGGCGGUGCUGGAGUACAUCUCUGCCGAUAUACUGAAGCUAGCUGGAAACUAUGUGCGAAACAUUCGCCACUAUGAGAUCUCGCAGCAGGACAUCACUGUGGCCAUGUGUGCCGAUAAGGUGCUGAUGGACAUGUUCCAUCAGGUGGAGGAGGACAUCAGCGUGUUUCCUCUGGACGAGGAGCCGUCUGCGGCCGAGGAGCAAAUGUACUAUGACCUGGUGAAGACCUUCAUGGCGGAGGUGCGUCAGUAUCUGCGCGACCUGAACCUCAUCAUCAAGGUUUUCCGCGAGCCCUUCGCCUCCAACACCAUGCUGUUCUCCCCGCACGACGUGGAGAACAUCUUCAGCCGGAUCGUGGACAUCCAUGAGGUGACGGUGAAGCUGCUGGGGCUGAUCGAGGACACGGUGGAGAUGACCGACGAGGGCAGUCCUCACCCGCUGGUGGGCAGCUGCUUCGAGGACCUCGCUGAGGAGCUGGCCUUUGACCCCUACGAGACGUACGCACAGGAUAUCCUGCGCAGCGGCUUCCACGACCACUUCCUGAGUCAGCUGUCCAAACCCGGAGCGGCCAUCUACCUGCAGUCCAUCUGUGAAGGCUUCAAAGAGGCGGUGCAGUAUGUUUUACCGCGGUUACUCCUCACGCCCGUCUACCACUGUCUGCAUUACUUCGAGAUUUUAAAGCAACUGGAGGAGAAGAGUGAGGAUGAGGAGGAUAAAGAGUGUUUGAAGCAGGCCAUUACAGCCCUUCUGAACCUGCAGAGCAGCAUGGAGAGAAUCUGCUCAAAGAGCCUCGCCAAGAGACGCCUCAGCGAGUCGGCGUGCCGCUUCUACAGUCAGCAGAUGAAGGGCAAACAUCUGGCCAUCAAGAAGAUGAAUGAGAUCCAGAGGAACAUAGACGGCUGGGAGGGCAAAGACAUCGGCCAGUGCUGCAACGAGUUCAUCAUGGAGGGGACGCUCACGCGGGUCGGCGCCAAACACGAGCGCCACAUCUUCCUGUUUGACGGCCUCAUGAUCUGCUGCAAGUCCAACCACGGCCAGCCACGUUUGCCAGGAGCCAGCGCUGCCGAGUACCGGCUCAAGGAGAAGUUCUUGAUGAGGAAGGUCCAGAUCAACGACAAGGACGAUAAGGAGGGCGAGUACCGGCAUGCCUUCGAGAUCAUCCUGAAGGACGGGAACAGCGUGGUGUUCGCUGCUAAAUCGGCGGAGGAGAAGAACGGCUGGAUGGCGGCGCUGAUCUCGCUGCAGUACCGCUCCACGCUGGAGCGCAUGCUGGACACGGCCAUGCUGCAGGAGGAGAAGGAGGAGCAGAUGAGGCUCCCCGGGGCCGAGGUGUACCGCUUCGCCGAGCCCGACUCCGAGGAGAACGUCGUGUUCGAGGAGAACGUCCAGUCCAAAUCCGGCAUUCCCAUCAUCAAAGCCGGCACGGUGCUGAAGCUCAUCGAGCGGCUGACUUUCCACAUGUACGCUGAUCCUAAUUUCGUCAGGACGUUUCUGACCACGUACCGAUCGUUCUGUAAACCUCAGGAGCUGCUGGAUCUGCUCAUGGAGAGGUUUGAAAUUCCUGAACCUAAACCCACGGAAGCGGAUCAGAUGGCCAUGGAGAACGGAGACCAGCCGCUGAGCGCAGAACUCAAACGCUUCCGCAAAGAGUUCGUUCAGCCGGUACAGCUCAGGGUGUUGAAUGUGUGCAGGCACUGGGUCGAGCAUCAUUUCUAUGACUUUGAGAGAGACGCUCAGUUGCUGCGGCAGCUGGAGGAGUUCAUCGGCAUGGUCAGAGGUAAGGCCAUGAGGAAGUGGGUGGAGUCCAUCACCAAGAUCAUCCAGAGGAAGAAACAGGCUCAAGCCAACGGCCCCAGUCACAACAUCACAUUCGAGAGCUCGCCACCGUCCAUCGAGUGGCACCUGUGUAAAGCGGGACAGACGGAUCAGUUUGACCUCAUGACCCUUCACCCCAUCGAGAUCGCCCGACAACUCACGCUGCUGGAGUCUGACUUCUACAGGGCGGUUCAGCCAUCAGAGCUGGUGGGCAGCGUUUGGACUAAAGAAGAUAAAGAGAUCAAUUCCCCGAACCUGCUGCGAAUGAUCCGCCACACCACCAACCUCACGCUGUGGUUCGAGAAGUGCAUCGUAGAAACGGAGAACGUGGAGGAGCGUGUGGCCAUCAUAUCGCGCAUUAUCGAGAUCCUGCAGGUCUUUCAGGAGCUCAAUAACUUCAAUGGCGUUCUGGAGGUGGUGAGCGCCAUGAACUCAUCGCCCGUCUACAGACUCGACCACACCUUCGAGCAAAUCCCGAGCAGACAGAGGAAGAUUCUGGAGGAAGCUCAUGAACUCAGUGAAGAUCAUUAUAAGAAAUAUCUGGCUAAACUCAGGUCCAUCAACCCCCCCUGUGUGCCCUUCUUUGGGAUUUAUUUAACAAAUAUUCUGAAAACUGAGGAGGGAAAUCCAGACUUCCUGAAGAGACACGGCAAGGAACUGAUCAACUUCAGCAAACGGCGGAAAGUGGCGGAAAUAACCGGAGAAAUCCAGCAGUACCAGAACCAGCCGUACUGCUUACGUGUGGAAAACGACAUACGGAAGUUCUUUGAGAACCUGAACCCGAUGGAGGACAUGACGGAGAAGGAGUUCGCUGACUAUCUGUUCAACAAAUCUCUGGAGAUUGAGCCGCGUAACGCUCGCACGCUGCCUCGAUUCCCAAAGAAGUACAGCUGUCCCCUGAAGUCUCCGGGUGUUCGCCCGUCCACCGUCCGCCCGGGAACCAUGCGGCACCCGACGCCGCUGCAGAACGAGCCCCGAAAGAUCAGCUACAGCCGCAUCCCAGACAGCGAGACGGAGAGCAGCGCCGCUUCAGCCCCAAACUCUCCCCGCACUCCACUGACGCCUCCACCCGCCUCCACCGCAUCCAGCUCCACCGAGAUCUGCAGCGUCUUCGACUCUCCACAGCCGCCCUCCAGCCCCUUCCACUCCAGAUCUUCUUCAGUGUCGUCUAUGAGUUUCCUCCGGAAUGACGAGCCUCCCGUUCCUCCGCCCAUCCCGCCGCGCCGCCGGCCCGAAUCUGCACCCGCCGAGUCCUCGCCCUCCAAGAUGAUGUCGAAGCACCUGGACAGUCCUCCGGCGAUCCCGCCGCGUCAGCCCACCACUAAGGUGUACUCUCCCCGUUACUCGCUCACGGAGCCGCCCGACAGCCCGCCCACCCUGCCGCCGCGGGAGCCGGUGCGAACGCCGGACGUCUUCUCCAGCUCCCCGCUGCACCUGCAGCCGCCUCCGCAGGGCCGGCGCUCCGAACCCAACCAGGCCUUCUUCCCGCCACAGAUGCCCGGGCCGCCCGUGCCACCGCGCCACAGCACCUCGCAGUCACCCAUCCCCAAACUCCCACCUAAGACCUACAAGAGAGAGUCGGUCCACCGCGACGGGCCACCGCUCCUGGAGAAUGCAAACCCCUCGUAGAGCGACGCGCUUACAGACAGUGCUGGAGACGAAACGAAAACAGACGAAAGCAACAUGUGCCCUUAAAGGGACGCUUCAGCCGAGAAUGGGAAUUCUGUCAGUGUUUAGUCACCCUCAAGCUGUUCCAAACCAGUACGAGUUUCUUUCUGCUGCUGAACACAAAAAAUGAUAUUUUGAAGAAUGUUGGUAACCAGACAGCUGACGGCACCCAUCGACUUCCAUAGUAUUUUUUGCCCAUAUAAUGGAAAUCAAUGGAAACCGAAAUUUUGUGACUAUCAUUCUUCAAAAUAAUUAGAAGACACUUAGAAGAACCCAAAAAUAUAUUUUGAAGAAUGUUGGUAACCAGAAAGCUGACGGCACCCAUCGACUUCCAUAGUAUUUUUAUGCCCAUGUAAUGGAAGUCAAUAGGAAUCAAAACUGUCUGGUUACCAACAUUCUUAAAAAUAUUCAGAAAACAUUUAGAAGGACACAAAAGAAGAUCUUAGUGCUGGGAAAUGAUUAAUUGCAAUUAGUCGCAUACUAAAUAAAAGUUUUUGUGUACAUAAUAUAUGUGUGAGUAGUGUGUAUAUUUAUUAUGUAUAUAUAAAUACACACACAUGCAUGUAUAUAUUUAAGAAAAAUGUUAUGUAUAUAUUACAUAUAUUUAUAUAUAAUAUAAAUUAUAUGAAUAUAAAUAUACAUGUAAAUACAUGUACUGUAAAUAUUUUCAAAAUAUAUACUGUAUAUGUGUCUUUAUAUAUAUAUAUAUAUAUAUAUAUAUAUAUACAUUAUAAAUAUACACAGUACACACACACAUAUAUAUAUAUAUAUAUAUAUUACAUAUAUUACAUAAACGACAACUUUUAUUUUGGAUGCGAUUAAUUGUUGCCCAACAUUAUUAGAUAUUUGGAGAAAUGUGAGUAACCAGACAAUUGAUGGUACCCAUUGAUUUGCAUAGUAUAUAAUGGAAACCAAAAUUGUUUUGUUACCAACAUUCUUCAAAAUAAUUAGAAGACACUUAGACGAACCCCCCCCCAAAAAAUGUAUUUUUAGAAUGCUGGUAACGAAAGUGUUUCGGAAGUCAAUGUGUAAUGGAAGUGUAAUUGAAGUCAAUGGCUGCCGUCAGCUGUUUGGUUGCCAACAUUCUUAAAAACAUCUGUUUUUGUGUUCAACAGAAGAAAGAAACUCCUACAGGUUUGUAACAUCUUGAGGCAGAUCUUGUAAAUGAUGGCAGAAUUGUAAUUUUGGGUGAACUGUCCCUUUAAAUUCGUCCUUCCGAGACGACGAUUGUGUUUCCAUAAAGUGCAAAUCACGCCCGUUCGGGAACUCUCUGUAUUGUUUUUUUGUCUUUGGUGUAGCUGUUUUGUCUCAUGUUCGUUUCAUUUCACGGCUUGGUUGGUUUUCUGCAGUCAUCGUCUGCGAUCGGCUGAUUCUCCUCCUGAACACAGACUGAGAAACACACAAACCCGCUGGAUGACAGACUAAACAGAGCAGCUCUUCUGGUGACGGAGAGCGUUCUCUGGAUUAUUUCCGGACGCCGCUGGUGUUCUAGACUCACUCGAGAGCCGGUAGACUAAAGAGCGCCGGGAGUUUAAGGUACCCUCACAGCAAAGAGGUACUGGAGAAACCUUCAAGAAACACACCUGAUUGUCCUGUACGUGUUAGAACUUUUAUUUUCUCAAUCAUUUCUUGUUUUGCCAAUAAGUAUGUAAAGAUGAAACGAUCGCCUUCUUAAAACAAGGGAAUAAAAGUGUUUCUACCAAUGUAUGCCAAA